AUGCCAGCAGGAGAGAGAAGAUCCCACCAAAGUAAUAGAUUUAUUCUAGUACAGUUCAUACUGAUAUAUUUCUUUAUACAUAUAGUAAUAUACUCAUCGCACAACUACAGAGAAACAAUUGCGAAGGAGAUAUUCGAGCUUUCUUCCAAAGAAUACUCAUUAGUUGAAAUGAUAAGUGUGAUUAAGCUGGGAGGCUCCAUUACAUCCACCUAUAUAUCGCAGAAGUAUAUAAGGCCGCUGAUUGUCACUCUAAUGUCCACAUGUGCGUUUAUCCUAACGCUUGCCAUUCUUAUUAACAAAAUGGUGACGGAUAAAAGAUUAGUCGUUCUUCUUGGAUGCAUCCACAUAGUGGCAGACUCAGCAAUUCUCCCCACGAUUGACUCCGAGUGUCUAGCGGUUCUUAACAGUAGGAAUAUAGGGCAAAAGUACAGUAAAAUCCGUGUGUUUAGUACUAUAGGACAUAGUAUUACAUACAUUAUAAACAUAGCCAUCCAGAAGAUAGUUCAAGAGAAUACUCUGAGCAGAAGUAUUUUCCUAAACACUCUUCUGUUUGGUGCUAUUGCUAUUUCUUGCAUUGUUUUUUCCAUUGUAAAUGUAGAGAGAGAGGUAAUAGAAGUACUCGAAAAACAAGCAGAAGUAGUUAGCACAAACAGUGGAAGCUCGGAAUCUGUAGUGGCUGAGAAUGCUAAAGAAAGCAGCGCGUUUUCUAUUGUUCUGAAUGGCAUUAUCUAUCCUUUCCGCCUUGCUGCAGAAAAUGUUAUGUUUAUUCUUCAGAUGUUCAACAAAAACUAUGCAACUCUUAUUUUAUGUGCAAUGGGCAGCGGUAUCUCCCGGUCAUCGCUUCAGUCAUACUUGAGCGAGUAUCUGAGAGAGACACGGUCAAGCAAAGGAGAACAAGGGUACAUAUACUUUGUGCGGACAAUCUGCGAGCUAUUUGUGUGGAGCAUAGUGAUUUGGCUUGGAGAUCGAGUGACCUUGGAGGUGCUGCUGACAGUGGGAAUCUCUUUGGGCGCAACUCGAUCGCUUCUCUACUCGUUUAUGCCAACCAACCCGCUGAUUAGAGCUUUCCUCCCCUACAUUGCUGAGCUAUUUAAAUCCGCAUACAGCGCAUUAUUUAUCUAUGUGGCCGUGAAGCUAGCACACAAGUUCUCAAAGCCUCACCAGAGAACACUUGCACAGGGAGUGUUUACUGGUGUGUACAGUGGGCUAGCGCCAUUUUUAGCUGGAAUACUGAGCUACAAUGUCUUCUCAAGCACAGAGAGAACAGAACUCCAAAACAAAGAGCGCCUAUUUAGAAUAGCAGGAUUGUGUGGAGUUGGAGCAGCUGCGCUAUCUUCUACGAUUUACAUCAGGAAAUAUAGAAGUAUGAAGCGUAUUUAA